GAUUAAGGUAUCUGAGGGUCUAAGAGUCAAUAAUAUGAGAUGAAAACUAUGGAGACGUUUCAAGUCUCAACAGAGACGAGAGACAAAACAUGCCAGGACACUCAUAUUGUGGAACUCUGAGAGUAAAACUACAGCAGUAUGCCAUCAAAUUCCAAAAGCACAAAUCGGGAGGAAACCAAUGCAUAUAAUGUUCCACGUUCCACUGUAUAUCCUGAACCUUGGUGGAAUGGUGCUGUUUAUACUCCUGUUUCCCCUGGGUUGAUGCGGGAAAAUGCAUCAGAUUCAUCAUCAUUGGAACAAUCCGUGGAUGGCCAAUCUCAGUCUGAUGGUGGAAUCAAUGAGGAAGAUGAUGAUGCUCCUGAAAAAUCACAAAGUGUCGUACCUUUGCAUGCAGAUGGGAGUUAUGGGAAGGCGGAUCAGAAUUUUCAGCCAGCUGCUCCAGCCAUACCUCCAAGACUUGAUGGAAGCCUAGCACAGCCCCAGCAGCUUGAACUUGUUGGACACUCUAUUGCGUGUGCUCCAAACCCAUAUGUUGAUCCAUACUAUGGCGGGAUGAUGACAGCUUUUGGCCAGCCUUUGGUUCCUCCUCAUGUACUUGAUAUGCACUAUGCAAGGAUGCCCUUGCCACAAGAAAUGGCUCAAGAACCAGUUUAUGUUAAUGCUAAGCAGUAUCGAAGGAUCCUGCAGCGAAGACAGUCACGUGCUAAAGCAGAACUUGAAAAGAAGCAAAUAAAGGGUAGAAAGCCAUAUCUUCACGAGUCUCGACAUCAGCAUGCACUGAGGAGGGUAAGGGCCUCGGGUGGACGUUUUGCCAAAAAGACAGAUGCUUCUAAGGGUACUGGUUCUGUGAGUUCAUCGGGUUCUGAACCUUUGCAGUUCAAUGCUGCUGAUAUUCAAAAGAGGAAUGAAAAUGGAAGGUUGGCCGAGCUUCAGCAGUCUUAUUCAAAUGGUAGCAGUUAUGGCAAUCAAAGUAGCUUUCAAGAAUCAAAGGAUGAGUACCAGUCUGCUGAAAGCAGGGAAGGAGGUUUUUCUGUCAAGUAAUUGGAGAUACGUUCAUGUCUAAACUAGCUCUUGCACUGCAACGAGGCUAGAGUAUGAACAAGAGGAGUUUACAGGUAUUGUUUCAUUUCUUGGCUUUUCAAGCUAGGCGGCAAUUCAUUCUUGGCUUUUUACUUUAGUGUUAAUGGGAGCAACAGAGGUGACGAGCGUAUCAGUGUUGCAGCAUUUGCUUGGAGAUUACAUCUUCCCUUAUGUACAGAGAUGGAUGAACUUAGAACUAGGAUUAGAAAGUUUUUCAGUAAGUUUAUGUUUGGCCAGUUACUGUAGUUUUAGUUUAGGAGACCAUGUAAAAAGGUUGUUAGUUUUGCAUACGUAUCUUUUUUCUUUCCCUAAUUGUUGCAUUAAUUUCUGAGUUUGGUUUGUUUUGAUGUGAUUUGAUCUGUUAUCAUAGAUACAGUAGGAUGAAAUGACAUAUUUGAGGUUAAAGUGUGCAAAUAUGUCCAGUCAGUCCAUAUUAUAACAGUGAAGGUCAAUGCUAUUGUACAGAAUGGAUGAUACAGUUUUGAGCA